GCUCAAUGGAUGUGAUUUCAAUUCAGUUCACAUUAGAUGUAAAAUUAGUGCCUAAUGGCUGAUCCACUGUUCUGUUAGGUGAUUGAGUUAGUUGUUUUAAAGAAAAUAGCUACAUCCUCAUAUGUUGAUUAACGGCCCCUAAAGUUGGCAUGAAUUGGAUGUGAUGGCAUUUUUUUUUUCCUUUUGUAUGGGGAAGGGUACAUUAUAUUGAUUAAAGAUUUCAAGGGCAUGAUUUUUAAUCACAUUACGCAUAGAUAAAAUCCUCUACAAUAAUAAUAAUACUCAAAUGUUCCUUAUGAAUUAUAUAUAUUUUUUUAAAGCUAGUGGAUGGUGUUCAUUGUGACUAUGUAACGGACCUCUAAUUAUUUUCAGGUUAUUUAAUAAUGGUCGGGUCACUUUUGAAAAAAGUAAAUGUCAACUACUCGGAUCAACUUAGGAUAAACUGAACCGUGAGAGACCUUCCUCUGUCUCUGAAUUAAUCAUUGUCUGUGUGCUGAGAUCCAGUAACUUGUGCAUCUGUUUGCCACUGUAUUGUUAAGUCAAAACAUUAACCAACUCCAAACUUGCAUUUGGUCAUAAGGAGACUUCUGUGGUGAGUUCCCACGGUAAUUACAGGUUAAAGAAUGUUGCAGUUAGAUAAUAAUGCUGGCUGUCCAAUAGCUGCCCGUGGGAAUUGGAGGUGUUUACGGCAUGCAGCUGAUGUGUGGCCUGCCCCUUUCCCACGCUUGUUAGAACGACCGGUACGUGGAGUUGCUCCGAUACCUUGCUUGUUGUCGUCUUGAACUGACAGCUUAACAAGUGUAAGAGGAGAAUAAUGACUGUUGAGAAAUUCUUUGUAGCGCCAACAUCUGGAGUGGAAUCAGGAAGGAGGACGCUCCAGGUCCUUCAGCCGUCUGCAGUAAAUAAGCCGUCUACAGGAAAUAAGAACCUUGGUCGGAUAAUUGAGAAUGGCAAAUCAGUUCCUAAAAGGAAGAUGUGGAGCGCAGAGCAGGGAAAAGGUUCAAAGAGGGUGAAAGCAGAGGUGGCUGUAAAAUCCACAAGUCCAGAAAAUGAGAACCAACCUGAGGGGGUUACGCAGGAGGCCUAUGAGCUCAUGAUCAAAGAAACUCCUGGGUCCUCCUACUGGAAGGAGGUGGCAGAAGAGAGGCGGAAGGCACUGUUCAGUGUUCUCCAAGAAAAUGAAAAGUUGCACAAAGACAUUGAAGCCAAAGAUGAACAAAUUGCACAACUGAAGAGCGAGAACGAUGAGUUACAGGAGCUCGCACAGCAUGUUCAACACAUGGCCGACAUGAUUGAAAGAUUAACCGGUAAAAGUCCUGACAAUCUAGAGGAGCUGCGUGAGAUCGCCUUUGAGCCUGAAGAUGACGAGGAUCAAGAAGAACAUGGAGAUGAGAGUGAUUCUGAUGAAAGCCUGAACAGUGCUGAACUUAACACGGAACAAUCUCACCACUGUGUGCCACAUAAGGAUGAUUUCACAAAUGAAGAAAGCUGAAAUGAUUCUGUUGAAAACUGAAAAGAACCGAUGGACCGGUUGUUUGGUCUUAAGUCAAUUUUUCUUUUUGCCUUUUUAGGACAAUUUUGCACCUUUUUUUUAAUACUUUAUCUUUGCUGUAAAUGAGCUUUUAUUUUCAGUACCAGAAGUUCACUGCCAGUGUACAUAUGUAAACUUGAAUGCAUACAGUGGAAAUAAACUCCUAUUUUGUACA